AUGAGCCCUCAAAAGUGGCACGACACAUUCAGUCAGCUUCUGAUUCCAGAAGAAAUUCUGAAAGAAAACGGAUAUCUCUUCUUCGAAAGUGAGAUAUCAACACGUGCACAGUUCAAUAAAAGCAACAAAUGGAGUGCGUUCAUGUUCAUGCCUGAUACAGAUCCAACUCGAAAAUGCACCCGUUGCUCUCGACUUUUCAACCGAAAGUCGACGUUUGCAUACCCAAAACUCUGCCAAUAUCAUCCACUCAAAUCUGAAGAUGUCAAUGGAAUCAAGCAUCAUUUGUGUUGUUUCAAAAGAGUUGGGACAUCGAAAGGAUGUCAAUCACAUCCAUUCCAUGUACACUCACAACCAUCUGAAAAUGUUUUGGAAAAGUUUGUGAUGACGCCAAAACCUGUGUCAUCAAGAGACUAUCGGUCUAAUAAGGUUUUUGGACUCGAUGUUGAAAUGGUUCAUACGGAAAAUGGAUUAGAAGCUGGACGAAUUUCAUUGGUGGAUUGCCAAGGGCGUAUUCUAAUUGAUGAGUUCAUCAAACCAGAAGGACGAAUCGUUCAUUUAAACACUCAAUUCUCAGGAAUCGAAAUGAAUCAUUUGGACGAUGCAAAAUCUCUCAAACAGAUACACAAACUUAUGUUCCAAUUCAUUAACCAAUCGAGUAUAAUUGUCGGACAUGGACUUUCGAACGAUUUCAAAGCUCUUCAAUUAGUACAUCUCAAAGUGAUCGAUACAGGAUUGAUAGUAACGACUGAGAAUGGGAAAAUGAUGUCACUGAAAAGAUUGGCCAAGAAACUGUUGGAUGUGGAUAUUCAGGAAAGAGUUGGAGGUCACGACUCGAUUGAAGAUGCGAUGACGUGUCUCAAGAUUGCGGAAAAACUUGUAAAUAUGUAUUAA